AUGGCAACUAACCAAGCAGCAUCUUCUUCAAAUUCUUCCAACUCCAGUUCAACCCAAAGAACUUGGAAGUAUGACAUCUUUUUGAGUUUUAGGGGUGAAGAUACUCGUAACGGCUUCACUGACCACUUGUAUCAUGCCUUAAAGAGGAGUGGGUUCACUGUUUUUAGAGAUAAUGAAGAACUUGAGAGAGGAGAAAUCAUUUCCAAAGAACUCAAACAAGCAAUUGAGGAUUCUCUGUUUGCAAUUGUUGUUCUCUCAAAAAAUUAUGCCUCUUCUUCAUGGUGUUUAGAUGAGCUUAAGCAUAUUCUUUACUCAAGAAACAAUUUGUCUCAACAAGUUUUCCCCAUAUUUUAUGAUGUAAAUCCAUCUGAUGCACGGCAUCAAAGAGAAAGUUUUUCCAAAGCUUUUGAUGGGCAUCAAAUGCUUCAAAGGGACAAGGAGGUCAUGGAAAGUUGGAGAGAUUCUCUCAGGAAGGUUUCGAACUUAUCUGGUUGGGAUUGCAAUAAGAAUCGGUCUGAAGUAGAACUUGUUGACACAGUGGUUGAGGAGCUGUGGACCAAAUUACAUCUUAGACUACCACCUUAUACUGAAGGACUCAUUGGAAUUGACAAUAAAGUGAAACAACUAGCGCCACUAUUGGAGAUAGGUUCGAAUGAUGUUCGGUUUCUAGGAAUAUGGGGUUUAGGGGGUGUUGGGAAGACAACAAUUGCUAGGGCUGUUUUUGAGAAAUAUCAUAGCCAAUUUGAUAUUAGUUGCUUUCUUCACAAUGUUAGGGCAGCUUCAGAAAGAGAUGGUGGCGAGGUUCAAUUACAAAGUUUAUUUCUUUCAAAUCUCAAAAUAAGAAACAUGGAAAUUGACAAUAGCUAUGAAGGGAGGAAAAUAAUCCAAAACCGUUGUUGCAAUAAAAAAGUUUUACUUAUCCUUGAUGAUGUCAGCCAUACAGCCCAUCUAGAAAAUUUGGCUAGUAGCCCAAGUUGGUUUGGUGCUGGGAGUAGAGUGAUCAUAACAACUAGACAUUUAGACUUGUUGCGUGGAGCACGUGUCUCAUAUCUACAUGAGGUUGAAACUAUGAAUCCAACUGAAUCCCUUCAACUCUUUUGUCAGAAAGCAUUUGGAAGAAGUGAGCCUCGGGAGGAUCUAUUGGGGCUAUCUAAGACUAUUUGUAAUUAUGCAAAAGGUCUUCCUUUAGCUCUUUCUAUUUUGGGUUCUUUCUUUUGUGGAAAAAGCUGCGUGGCAGAAUGGGUAAAUGCUUUAAAUAUGUUGAAGGAAGAUCAACAUGAACAAAUUUUCAAGAUACUUCAAAUAAGCUUUGAUGCGUUAACCAGUAGAGAACAAACAAUAUUUUUAGAUAUUGCUUGCUUCUUCAAUGGUUGGAGCAAAAACAAAAUAACAAAAAUAUUAGAAAGUUGUGGUUUUAAUGCGAAAAUUGGAAUAACAACUCUCCAGGAAAAAUCUAUGCUAAAGGAAUAUGGUAGUAUUGUGGUGAUGCAUGAUUUGGUGGAACAAAUGGGUAGGAAAAUUGUUAUGGAUAAGUCCUCUAACUGUGUUGGAAAUCGUAGUAGAUUGUGGACUAAUGAAGAUAUUGAUAAAGUUAUGCAAAACAAUUGGGGUACAGAAGAAAUAGAAGGUAUGAUUUCAUCCCCAUCUUGUGAGGCAUUUUGGGAUCCUAAACCAUUUUCAAAAUUGCAUAACCUUGUUUAUCAAGACACAAGAGAAAUACAAGGUGAGGUUUCAUCCACAUCUUGUAAGGCAUUUUGGGAUCGUGAAGCUUUUUCAACAUUGCGUAAGCUUAGAUUACUCAUGAUAUCAAGUGAUUUCCAUGUUCCUGUUGGCCUCAAAUGUCUUUCUCAUGCUUUGAAAGUACUUUAUUGGACAAAAUAUCCUUUAGACACUCUUCCUUCUGGAACUCGAUUGCAUGAACUUGUUGAUCUUAGAAUGCAUCAUAGCAAAUUAAAGAAACUUGGCCUGUGCUCGAAGAAUUUGAAGUUUUUGGACUUGCGUUUUUCCAAAAACUUGAUUAAAACUCCUGAUUUUUCUAAACUUCCAAAUUUGGAAAGAUUAGAACUUGAAGGUUGUGAAAAACUUGUUGACCUCCAUGCUUCAAUUGGACAGCACAAAAAGCUUCAAGUGUUGAACUUGAAAGGUUGCAAAAGUCUUAUAGCCCAUUGUCCCAAAAAAUUGGAAAUGACUGCACUAAAAGAAUUUGUUCUUUAUGGAUGCAUUCGAGUAAAAUUUCUCCCAGAGUUUGGGAAAAAUAUGAAAAAUCUAGAAACGCUUGAUGCUGGGGAGACAAAUUUAGUCAAACUUCCCGAGUCACUUGGCUUGUUGACUGGUCUUAAAACUCUGAAAUUAAGGGGUUGCAAAAAUCUUGUUUGCCCUCCUCAAAGCAUUCACAAUUUGAAACAUCUUGUGCUUGUUGAUAUUGCUGGGUGCUCAAAAUUUGCUAGAUUGCCAGAGAAGUUGAAUGAAAUUGAAGCCUUGGAGGAGCUGGACGCAAGUGAAACCGAUAUAACUGAAAUACCGUGUUCCAUUGGUGGUUUAGAAAAACUCAAGAAAUUGUCAUUCCGCGGGUGCAAAAAGUCAACAUUGAACUCUUGGAGCAUGAUUCUUCCGUUGAAGCACACGUUUUGGAGGCAUUCAAUUCAUAAGGGCUUAACAUUGCCUCCUUCAAUGUUCAAUCUUAAAUCACUGACACAAUUGGAUUUAAGCUACUGCGGUUUUGAUGAUGGAUCCAUUCCGGAUGACUUGGGUGGCUUAUCAUCGUUGAGGAGGUUAGAUCUAAGUGGAAACAAGUUUAAGAAUCUACCUGCUGGCUGCAUAUCUAAUCUUUUGAAUUUGGAUACUCUGAAUAUAAAUUCUUGCUCGGAACUUCAGUCGUUGCCGCAGAUUCCGCCAAGAUUAUCGCAGAUGUAUGCAGAAGAAUGUGAUUCAUUGGAUACAAUGGAAGGUGAACAAUUAUCACAUCUCUUUGCUUCAAUGGACCAGGUGGGAGUGCUUGGGCCACGUGAUUAUUUGUCGCUGAUAAUUCCUGGAACUGAAGUACCGCCAUGGUUUGAGAAUCAAAUCGAUCUUUAUCUGAAUCAUAACUUCGAAGCUCUAGUGAUGAUAGACAUACCUCCUUGCGAAGAAAUGUUGGGAAUCGGAUUAUGCACUCUUCUAGAAAGUAACUUUUACUGUUGGUGGCAGUGUAGUCAUGCUUAUGUUGGACAUCCCAGUCGCGGAAACCAUGCUAUGCCAGCGUCUAAUUGUAAGGGUGGGAAGAAAAGAAAGUCUUGUCACCUCUGGGUCUCAUUUUACAAUCCAACAAAGGAUGUCCGUGAUAUGUGGCAAUCAAGGAAGAACAAUCAGAUUCCCUUUGCAUUUCGAGCCCCUUCUUACGAUACGGAAGUUUCAAUAAAGUGUGGAUGGCAUGUCAUUCGCAAAGUUGAUGUUGAAAACGGCAGCAGCUCAAAGAAUCAAAGUCCCCUUGCAAUAUUGGAACAACAAAUGGAUCGAGUUGUUGAUUGUAACUCGACACCGACGACAGGCCUUGGGAGCCCAUGGCCUUUCCAUACCGCGUUCACAAAACAUGGUCCCAUAACGUUCCCAAACCCACCUUCAGGUGAUUGUCCAUGCUUUGAUUGUCUGCGAGGGAGGAUAUGGGACAACAUGUUAAGGACCUAUAAUAGGGCCAUGGUGGGUUGAACCCAUAUAUGUUGGGCUGAAACAACCCGUUUGAAGCCUGAGUUGGCUUUUAGCCAAUUCUAAUCCUUGCAAGGUGGGUUGGUGGGUUGGCCCGCUAAUACUUUUUUUUUUUUUGAAAUUUUUUUUACUUUUUAAUACUUUUU